CGAAGAUUCACCUUGGCCUCCCGUUCCCCGGUGUCAGAGUUCGUCGAAGCUACUCCAUGAUCAUCUCUAUGGAUGUCAUCGGUCUUCAAUCAUGUUCCGAGCCGCUCGAGGGUUUCCUCUCUGAGAGCGGCGCACUUGCUCAGUAGCCGUGUAUGGCCGAAGGAAUUAUAUUUUCAUAAUACGUCGUAUCCAGGAUGCUCAAUAGCAUUCUCCAGAUUGUCCGUGAAUGUCUUUCCCGGCCCUCGAACGUUGUCUCAGUCUCUGAGCUCCGUUGGGACCUUGAUCUCUCCUCGAAAUGAAUCCACGCGUGGCCAGAUCCAUUGGGUCGAACAUGAUGACCAAUAUACACCUUGUGAAUUCUGGUGUGGGAUGCGGCUUCAAUCUCAAUUAAACCAGUCUUAUACCCCCCCUGGACCAGAUCAUGAGCGACAACGGAAAGAGCAAAGCUCCAAAUUACAAAUCUCCGAGCAAAUACCCUCGGAGUCAAUACCCCCCGAACAGAUCCCAUCCAAAUCUAUCUUUGUCGAACACGCGACCUCCAGAUCAGUGCCAUUGCCUUUGGCGAGGAACACAUCAUUGAGCCGAGAUGCGCACGGCACACGGCAGCGUGAGAAACCAUCCAAUGAACUGCAUAAUCCCCGAAGAAAAUAUAAGAAUCUCGCCGGUUCUUCCCACCCAACCCCCACAGAGUACUUGAUCGAUACCCUUCAGAGUGUUGUUCACUGUCCUGAUAGCGCAACACGUCAAAAUUGGGUGUUUACCUCAAGAAAUUUUGAUGACCGCCUCGUGUCUCCUCUAAACAGGAGACAAAGAAUAAGGUUCAAAGUUGAGCACAGGGCCUCCCUACAAGAGAUUGCUGCAGAAUACAUAUAUCAUGUGGAUCGUUUGUUAGAUCGGUCGAAUACAGAGAGAGAUAGGGGAAACCCUCAUGGAGCGUUAGAGUUGGAUGUUGCUCUGCGAAAGGUUUUUCUUAACAAGAAAUACCGAAAGUACCUUAGAGCCCGACAAUAUUCUGUCAAAGAUGUGGUUGCAUGGGCAUGGGUGCUCAAGAGCAAAACCCCCUACGAGGCCAUCAUCCGGAUUUUCAUAUUAGAACUACAGUCAAACCUAACGAAAACAGAAAGCAGCGUUGCUCGAAUUGUCCCCACUUUCAUACCACUUCUUCUAUUACGGCAGAGCCUUGAUGCGAAAACCUUCCGCUUACUCCUCAUCUAUUCACUGCACCUUAUUAGCGGUCAACCACACCCGAAACUAAACCCUUCCAUGUGUGCGACGAGAGACGAUACGUUUUUCAACGAGAUUAAACUAUCCGAUAACGCAAAGCCCUUGAUAGAUCCCAAUACUUGUGCUACAUUCGUCGUUCGUUUGCUUCAUCAUGCUCGCCAGCUAUGGCCACAAGCUCAGCUUCCUAUUGUGCGUACCUUCGCAUUCUACCUUACUCUUCUGGAACCAGAGGGGUCUGGUACUAUGGCGUCAGCGACACCACGGAAUGUUCAGGUGUUGGCUGGGAAGUGCAACACAUUUCUUCGAUUACUCUCACUACCCUGCAGACAGGGCCCCUUCACAUCAGCUUCAGUACAGCAGCAAGCACAAUUUGAGCUCCUCAAGGCGAUGGCUAAAAACCGACCCGUUUUGCCUGUCACGCGUCGGGGGUAUCAAGGCAUCAUCGCGGUACAGCUAGCCCAUAAGAAAACACCAGCUGAGCGGCAAUCUGCGGAAUUAAAGGCUCCAUCGUGGCCGCCUUGGAAGGAGGAAAAGCUUGGCAUUGACACUCAGAGAGGAAUCGAAGGAUUGAAGAGCCGCGCCAUGAGAGUGAUGUCUCAAAUGAAAGAAGCAGGCUAUGCUCAUAGUCGCUGGGAAGAGGUGUCCAGUAUCCUUGCCGGUUGGGAUACGGACAAGAGCCCAACCAUUCAGACGAGGACUUUGGCGCGCCAACCAUGGAUGCUGCGUGGGCGGAUCGGAAAUGCGGACCAUCACAUGGUUUGGGAAGCUCGCAUCAGGGCCACGAGGACUGUGCGAGAAGCCUGGGCCUGUUUUCUUUCAUACCGCGAUCAAGGCCUACCCCCACGCGGGAGCAUCUACACUGCAAUGGCCGAGAAGUUGAUAUAUCGAAGAAGCGCUCUCCAAACCAAUUUUGAUCAAACAAGCCAUGCUCUGCCGGGUGAUGCUCUCGAAACCUUCCCAGAACCCAUGUCUGCGCGCGAUUUGAUAUAUGUGCACACAGAGCCACCCACGUUAGAUGAGCUUCUUAAACAAAUGCUCUCCGAGGGGAUCCGACCACAGGCUAGAUUUCUCUCCUUGCUUCUACGAUCCGCGCCGACCUUUAGCUCUGGGCUGGAGUAUCUAAGCUGUAGUGGUUUGUCCAAUGAACAAGUCAGAGCCUUGUGCACAGUUUGGAGACAUAAGUGCGUUUACAAUGAACAAAGCCGGGAUGUUGUGAAUGAAUUACCCGAUCAUCUUUUCUCUGCCUUCAUUAACUUCUUGUGUAAGUUUUCCACCUUCGAUAAACUGUUAGCUAGGCAUGACGCUCGCCUGAGUGAUGCUUUUCCUAUCAUAAUGGGCAGUACAUCAGUGGCCAAGGAAAAAACAUCAACUCUUUUCUCCUAUGCUGAAUACCUUGGAAAUGGAAAUGAGUACCGGCAUCCGAAGGCGUUAGCACACGCCAUUGAGCUGCUCAGAGUACGGAGCUCCCGAUCCCCCCAAGCAUGGGUAUGUGUAUUGUCAGCUCUGAACAAGGACCGCAUCGUUGGUCUGUCUCAUAAGAUGAAUCGAAACACGCAACGUGUUCUGGCUUGGCAUGAAAUGUUGGAAAUGGCAGGACGGAUGGAACAUUACGAUAUCCCACUUGGUCUGCAGGGCUUCCUGACCCUGUGCAGCGGGUUUUCAAGAGCGGUAAGUGCAGGGGUCAAGAACCCGGAUGCGGUAGAAGCGGCCCUAGAGCUCGUUGGUGAUGCAGCACGUCGGGAGGAGGUGGCAUAUACUGCGCAGGUCUGCCCUCGGUUUGAAGAUAUGGUCUAUAGUGGCCUUCGUGCCCUUAAAGACCAAUUUGACCGACUUGUUCUCCCAGAUUCUAGAACUCCGUCCUUGUUUGGGUGUGGCAGAUCCUCCGAGAAUGUCAGCGACACCCAAGUGAUUCUGCCACCCUUACUUCAUGUGCCUUCUCCUGCCGUCCUUCACGCAUUCGUUCGAUCAUUGGGAUUGGCCGAAGACUACGAUGGCCUCCUAAGCCUUCUGCGAUGGAUGUCUCAGUAUGCUGCAACCCUGAAGGAAAUGUCUGAUGAGUACCUGAACGGUGAUAUGAUGAUGCGACGCACCAUGGUGGCAAUGCGCUUGUUUCUUGAGGGAUAUCGGGAACGGCAAUCCUGGGGAUCACUCCGCCGGACAACCUCAGCUGUACAAGCGCGUGGGUUAAGGGAACCUGAAUAUACAAGUGAGAUUUCUCCUGAUGAUUCUGAGAGGUUGUCGUUCUCCGAUCCGAAUCUGCAAGAGGCAUAUGACAUAGUCACGGCAACGCGCAUUUGGGGCCCCUGGCCCAGCGACGAGGAAGUUCGGGAAUAUUAUGCUGUUCAUUGGGAGGAGUAUGAAGCGCAAUGACGGAGCAUCCAACCUUUUUUGUACAUUAGCUGUAUAUAUACAUACUAUAGAUUGUGUGGCGUUUGCAUGUCAUCAAAUGAUACCCUUCAGUCCGUGGGAA